AUGAAAUUCAAUUUCGUGAAAUUCAAAUUUAAUUUUAAACCUUCAGUUUCUUAUUUUGUGAAAACCAAGAUGGAUGUGCACAUAGAUGACUAUACAUUCGAAAGCAUACUUGGAAAGGGAACAUUUGGAACUGUAUAUUUAGUGAAAAGGAAGAAAGACUCAAAGCCAUUUGUUAUAAAAGCACAAGAUUUAAAUGCAGCAAACCACUCGCCUUCUGAGAGAACACUAGGAGAGAUACGAUGUCUACAAAAAUUGAGACAUCCAAACAUAGUGUUUUAUUAUGGAGCAUGGAAAAAUAAUAAUUACAGUUAUAUCCUUCUUGAAUAUGCAACUAGAUGUACUCUCAAGGAUUUGCUAGAAAAACGAGAAAUACCACUUAAGGAGGAGGAUGCAUUGUAUCUGUUUUCGCAAGUUACUUUGGGAGUACAUCACAUUCACUCGAACAAAAUUCUUCAUCGAGAUCUAAAACCGGAAAAUAUCAUGUUAACUGGCAGCCGUGGGGACAUCGUUAAAAUUGGUGACUUUGGUCUUUCAAAAAAUAUCCAAGAAGAUGCGAUAACUUGUCACGCAGGAUCUUAUUACUAUAUGGCUCCGGAAGUGCUAAGUGUACAGCCGUAUGAACUUAAGUGUGAUAUAUGGAGCAUGGGCGUUAUACUGUACGAAAUGGUUACGAAGAGAUUUCCGUUUCCGGCCACGAGUCUAGCGGAAAUUACGAAAUUAGUGCAUAAUAGCCCGCCGAAGCCUUUACCGCAGUGGAUGUCAUCAUUUAUUGUGAAUCUAAUAUCGAAGAUGUUGAGAAAGAACAGUUUAUGUCGACCUCGUACUGAUCAGCUCGUGCUUUGCCCUUUCCUUGUACCUUACAUUAUUCGAGUAUAUUUGAAUCUUGGGCAAACGUAAUCGUAUCCGAAGAUGUGGUGGAUCUUGUUAUUAAGCUGCUGGUCAUAUCCUUCGUGGAGUAUGACUUGGUAUCCUCCAGCUACCUUGAAGGCGAUGCACGGGGAACAAAUAGAUCUCGUGGAUACUAACUCUACUAGUCCUCUCUGGACAAGAAAUACUGCGAGCAAUGGCGUUUCAAUUGAUGGACCUGAAUCCGUCGAUUUGAUUGACUCAGGGCAAUCUCCCAUCAAUUCCGUCGAUCGCGACCGAGAACCGCUGGACGAAGUAGAGCGCAUCGAACCUAGGCAGUGGCCAGGCAAACCGGAUAUCCUACCGACCCGCAGUACCGCACCUUUCACCACGGAAAGAUCUUUGCCGCCUAGAUCCCCGCAGCCUACAACGUUAGCGCAAAGAAAUCCUUCAACACAAAGAUUUCCUACGAUUACUGCACCACCACCGACGGUCACUAUCGACGAAGCCUUCUGUGAUUUCGGGUCAGUACAAAUGCCACUUUGCGAGUGGCAAAAUGGCAAUGGCGCUUUGGAUUGGACUUCAGGAACUGGAACAGAUACCAACUGGUUGGGUGGACCAUCGGCCGAUGCUAGCGGCUUAAUGGAAGGAGGAUAUGCCUUUCUGGAGACAUCACAGACACCUUCAAAGGAUCUGAAGCUCAAAAGUCCCGGAGGUCUUUUACACAGUCCACAACUGGGCAGCACCGGAGUAUCUGGCACUUGUUUUAUGUUCAAAUACACCAUGGACGGUCUUAGUAUCGCAGGACUACGAGUGCUGCUUCACGUUGGAACGGAUGAGUUCUCAUUUAAGAAGAAACAGCCAGAUGUGACAGAGGAAUUGCCUGUAGAAAAUAUCACAGUGUCUUGCGAACUACCAGAAAUCAUAGAAGAGCGCGUAAUGUGGCACGCACAGUAUUACACGCUCGGAGCAUGGCAGCAGGCUCAGAUACUUUAUACUUACCCUGAAUUACACUCGAUAGUUAUUGAAGGCGUGCCAGUAGACUCCACGGAUCCGUCGCGUCUGUAUCGUGGAUAUAUCGCUAUCGAUGACAUAGAUCUGCAGUCUGGUACGUCGUGCGUUGGAUUCUGUAACUUUGCCGGUGAUUUCUGUAACUGGAACAAUGAUGCGGAAGAUGAUUUCGACUGGACUAUAAGUCGCGGAAGCGGAAAUCCCACGACCGGUCCAGCGAUGGACAGUUCCAGCGACCGUGCCACAGCCGGUGGUUACGCUUUCAUCGAUUCCGGAUUCCCGCGAAGACCUGGCGACACGGCGAAACUCAUAAGUUCAAACUUCCCGGCAACAAUGUUGGAUGCACCAAUGUGCAUGCAUUUCUGGUUCCACAUGUUUGGAACUGGAAUCGGUUAUCUAAAGUUAUUUCUACGUCAUUUUGGUAGUUCAGACACACAGCUACAAGAGAUUUGGGAUCUGUCCGGAAACGCGGGCAAUGCCUGGUUCAUGUCGCAAGUUACAAUCAGCUCCCUCGAUAAUUAUCAGCUAGUUUUCGAAGCGUCAGUAGGAAUCACUGGCAUGGGAGACAUCGCAAUCGAUGAUAUUUCGUAUGGACCAGGUGCUUGCCCUGUUUCACCUCAAGUGGCUGCUCCGAUAUCGCGGGAUUGCACUUUUGAGAUUGAUGAAUGUGAAUGGAUCAACUCGCGAGAUCCAGAUCGUGUCGAAUGGGAAAGGGUAUCUACUCAGGUGUUAGGCCCGAGGAAUCAAAGAAAACCGUAUAGCAGUGGACAUACAGUUAAUCGACGCAACGAAUAUUUUUUGGGUCUUGGACGUCUUCGAGGUGGUCCGCGAUCAUCUGGAGGUGGUACCGCUCAGUUGGUUAGUCGACAGAUGAAUCCGCUCUGCAUCACAUUUUGGUACUUUAUGUUCGAGCCCUUCAUUGAUUCCACAGGACCUAGUUUAGGAGUAUUGCGAUUAUACAUGCAAGUAGAGGGUGAUAGUUUACGAGCUAAACCUAUAUGGCAAUUGUACAAUAAUCAAGGUCCCACAUGGAACUACGCUCAAGCUAACAUCAAUCAAAACACAAACUUUAAUAUCAUAUUCGAGGGCAUUUGGGGUCCGAACAGAGCUACUGGUAGCAUAGGAAUUGAUGAUAUCUCCUUUUAUACCGGAAAUUGCAGCGUGAAACCAAUAAGUGCAGUCGUUCGCCCAGAAGAUUGUAGCUUCGAGAAGGAUUUAUGCGGAUGGGAGAACAUAACUAUUUCAGAUAAUGACCGUGCUGUGAUGUGGCAGCGUGCGUUUCAGGCCCAUCGACCGGCUCAAUUAUUGGACAGAACUUUUGGUGCGCCUGACAAUUUUGUAUUCUUUGACAUCUUUACAACAAACAAGGAAUCAACGAACGUUCAGUUACAAUCGCCUAUUAUCAAUGCCUCGCCCGAUGAAGAGUUUGUAUGUUUCACUUUUUGGUUUGCCGCCUUUGGCGUGGAGGAGUCCACCACUCUACGAGUGAUCAGAAUGCCUACCGAAGAGGUUGAGGGAGAGAAUGAAGGCGAACAGGAGCAAUUAUUAUGGUCAUUGACAGCCAAAGGAUUAAAUAAUCCACGACCGGUAUGGAUGGCAGCACAAGUGGCAGUUAAAGCGCGAACUCCAUAUCGACUUAUUCUUGAGGGAAGCGCCAGUAACGGAGGCUUUGCUGUCGAUGAUAUAAAAUUUCAACCUCUAUCCUGCUCAAUUCGACCAUCCAGUGCUCAGCCAAUCCAAAGCGAGUCUCAAUGA